GACAUGCACUAUUAUAGGCCGACAUCUAAGGCAUAGUUCGGUAGUCCGUUAAUUGUACCCGAAUUGGCCGUUAUAUCUCACUCCUUUACUGGCAUUUGUGUUUUUUUGCGCCCAAAGAAUAGUGAAGACUGAAAAGCCAAUUAAAAGUUUUCUAUCUUUUCCUCUUCCAUUGUUACAGUUCUUGAUCCUUCUUUCGUGUUGGAUUAGGCUAAGCCUCCCUUGACCUGUAGACAUAUUUACUACUUCCCUUUUCCUUUUCGUUUUUCAGGCAAACUUUUUUCUCAGUGUCAGUCGCAUUUUAAUAAUGAUGGAGAAGGGAGAUCCUUCACAGAAACUAUAUACAAGGAUGCGACUUUGGGAAUUUCCUGAUCAGUAUAUUGUUGAGCCUACUGAUGGAUCCAGCGGUUUGUGCUUGGAAAUCAGUCGCGUUGAUGGGUCUGUGAAACUAAUAGAUGAGGUUCCAGAAUGCAGUUCGGUUCGUGUUCCGAAAAUUCAGAAAAUAUUUGGUGUUAUAGGCAUACUAAAACUUCUGGCUGGUUCAUAUGUACUGGUCAUAACAGAUCGUGAAUGUAUUGGAUCUUACUUCGGGCACCCUAUCUUUAAAGUUUCAUCGAUGAAAUUUUUUCCUUGCGAUCACUCUCUCAAGAAUUCUACUGCUGAACAGAAAAACAUGGAAGCUCAGUUUUCUGCACUACUUAAUGUUGCAGAGAGGACUCCUGGUCUGUACUUCUCUUAUGAUGUCAAUAUAACAUUGAGUGCUCAGCGACUGCAUGAUUUGGGUGAUGAAUCCAAGAUGCUUCCUCUCUGGAGACAAGCAGAUCCUCGAUUUGUUUGGAACAACUAUAUGAUGGAACAGCUGAUAGAUAACAAGCUUGACCCGUUCUUGCUUCCUGUUGUCCAAGGCAGUUUUCACAAUUUUCAAGCUGCAAUUGGAAAAGACAUUAUUGAUGUUACGCUAAUUGCAAGGAGGUGCAACAGGAGAGCUGGCACUCGAAUGUGGAGAAGAGGGGCUGAUUCUGAUGGAUUUGUUGCAAAUUUUGUGGAAAGUGAACAAAUUAUCCAGUUGAAAGGGCAUACAGCAUCAUUUGUUCAGGUCAGAGGGUCAAUCCCAUUACUGUGGAAUCAGAUUGUUGAUUUGACAUAUAAGCCCAAGUUUGAGAUAGUGAGAAUUAUAGAAGCACCUAGAGUUGUUGAGAGACACUACCUGGAUCUGAGAAAAAAGUACGGAAAUGUUCUAUCAAUUGAUCUUGUCAAUAAGCAUGGAGGAGAAGGACGCUUAAGUGAAAAGUUCGCAAAUGCAAUGCAGCAUAUUGCUGCUGAUGAUGUGAGAUACUUGCACUUUGAUUUUCACCACAUAUGUGGGCAUGUUCAUUUUGAGCGUCUUUCCAUCCUCUAUGAUCAAAUUGAGGAUUUCUUCAUAAAAAAUAGGUACUUUCUAUUAAAUGAGAAAGGUGAGAAAGUUGAGCUGCAACUUGGAAUUUUGAGGACCAACUGCAUUGACUGCUUAGACCGUACAAAUGUAACUCAGAGUAUGCUAGGUCGGAAAAUGCUUGAAUUCCAACUCAGAAGGCUUGGUACUUUUGAUGCUGAAGAAACUAUUAGCUCACACCCCAACCUUGACGAAAGCUUCAAACUCUUGUGGGCCAACCAUGGGGAUGAUAUAAGCAUCCAGUAUUCUGGCACUCCUGCUUUAAAGGGAGAUUUUGUCAGAUAUGGUCACAGAACAGCCCAGGGGAUUCUCGCUGAUGGAUGUAAUGCCCUAACACGAUACUACUUGAACAACUUUGUUGACGGUACAAAACAGGAUGCAGUUGAUUUGUUGCAAGGACACUAUAUUCUGUCUGUCACUCGAGAUAUGAAACCGUCAUCCCAAAAAGGAGGCAUGGAGACUAAAGCCUCAUUUCCUCUGGCAUUGGCGCUGAUAUUGACGGGGUUAUUCUUUGCUAUGUUGUCGCUAAGGAAAGUUCGACAUGAUCUACGGAGUCUGCUAUAUGCAAUGGUUUGGGCAAGCAUAAGUUUGGGCAUAGCUGCUUUUGUGAGAGCCAAUGGUCGAAUGUUCUGUAAUAGGCCUAGCCUGCACCAAUCAAGGCGUUGAUUCUGAGUUCCGAAUGUUUGAUUGUUGCUAUGUUGCUAAAAUUGCCAGAUAUUUGAUAUGCUUUGUAAAAAUUUGGUUAUUGCGCUCUUUUCAUGUCUUUUGACAACUUUCUUUUUGAUCAUCCAUUUGAAAGGUCCUAUUACAUGAUUAUCUGUAUAUUGAAAACGAAUUUAAUGAUUGAUAUUUAUAGAAAUUGAAUCUCCACUUCGACAUGA